AGAGGCAUGAGAGUGCGGUGGAGCUAAAGGAAACAUGUACGAUUUGUAAGACUGAUCAUCACAACGAGGAUGCGUUGAGUAUGAUAUGUAAUUAUUUGAAAAUGAAGAAUAACAUUUUGAUUACCGGUGGAUGUAAGAUAAAGAUCUGUUCAUGGGAAUAACAAGCGCAGCAGAGAAAUGAGACCCAGGAGGAUCGGAGGGUGGAAAUGGGCAGCGCUUUGGCUGUUCGGUUUCUCUCUGUUGUGGAAUACAGUUGGAGCGCAGAUUCGCUACACAAUUCCUGAAGAGUUAAAGGAAGGAUCUAUCAUUGGGAAUAUUGCUAAGGAUCUUGGUUUGGACAUUUCAGAUAUCGCCGAGCGUAAGUUACGGAUAGCAUCCGAGGCCAAUAACCAAUAUUUCAAUGUAGAUUCAGGGAAGGGUGAUCUGGUAGUUAAUGGAAGAAUAGACAGAGAGACGCUCUGUGGACAAAGAGUCAGUUGUCUAAUGCCAUUGCAGAUCGUUAUUGAGAAUCCAUUACAGUUGCAUAAAGUAGACAUAGAUAUACAAGACAUUAAUGACAAUGCACCGAUCUUCAACACAAAAGAUGGCAUAUUAAAAAUUUCUGAAUUGACUGCUCCAGGCGCACGAUUUACCCUUGAAAGUGCCGAAGACCUCGAUGUUGGCAGCAAUAGCCUUAAAUCCUAUUCGUUGAGCAAUAACAAUUUCUUCCGUCUGAAUUUAAAAGCUCUUAAAAACGGUGGACAAGUACCAGAGCUAGUUCUUGAAAAACCUAUAGACAGAGAGAAACAGGCUAUUCAUAGUCUUAUAUUAACAGCUAUAGAUGGCGGUAAUCCGGUCAAAUCUGGCACAUCUAUAUUGCAGAUAAUUGUUCAGGAUUUUAAUGACAAUGAACCAAAAUUUGAGGUUUCCUCGUAUAAAGCCUCUGUUCUAGAAAACGCGAUUGUUGGCUCAAGUGUGAUUAAAAUAAAAGCCACUGACUUGGAUGAAGGUCUCAAUGGUGAAAUACAGUAUUUAUUCGGUGCGCACACGCCUGAACAUGUAAGAACUGCUUUUAAUGUAAACGCUGAAACCGGUGAAAUUACAGUCAUUAGUCAUUUAGAUUACGAGACACAAAAAUCAUAUACGUUUGAUGUCUGUGCUAAAGACAAAGGGAAUCCAGAGCUAGAAGGGCAGUCGUCGGUUCAGAUAGACAUUAUAGAUGAAAACGACAACCCUCCAGAUAUUAUUCUGACAUCUUUACCGAGUCCUGUUCCUGAAAAUGCGACAGUCGGAACUGUGGUGGCUUUGAUUAACGUCAAGGAUUUGGACUCUGGUAAUAAUGGGAAAGUUGAGCUAACUGUCUCCCCCGGUGUUCCUUUUAAAUUGAAACCAUCUUUUGAUAACCAUUAUUCGUUGAUAACGGACUCGUUUCUAGAUCGUGAAGUUAAUUCUGAAUAUAAUGUAGAAAUAGUGGCCACGGACUCCGGUGUACCACCUUUAAAAUCUGUCAAGACUGUCAAUAUAAAAGUAUUUGAUGUGAAUGAUAAUCCUCCAGUAUUCUCACAGUCUUCAUAUAACGUUUACAUAAAAGAAAAUAACCAGGCAGGUGCUUCAUUGUUUUCUGUAUCUGCGUCUGAUAUUGAUCAAGAUAAGAACGCAAUACUCACAUACUCAAUUCUGGAUUCAAGUACAAAUCAAGUUCCAGCAUCAUCAUAUUUUUAUAUAAAUUCUGAAAAUGGAACAAUUUACAGCAUGAGCUCAUUUGAUUAUGAGAAAAUGAAACUGUUCAGUGUUAUAGUUCAAGCUAAAGACCAUGGCUCUCCAUCUCUGAGCAGCAACACCACAGUUCAUGUAUUUAUUCUGGACCAGAACGAUAAUGUCCCGGCUGUUAUUUACCCCUCAACAUCCACGGGGUCUAUUUCUCAUCAGAGGAUGCCCCGUUCUGCUAAAGCAGGACAUCUUGUAACUAAAGUAACAGCAGUGGACGCUGACUCGGGUCACAAUGCCUGGCUUUUUUACAGGCUCGCGGAGGCCACGGAUACAUCUCUGUUCAAUGUGAAUUUACAUACAGGAGAGGUGAGGACUAAGCGCUCUGUUUCAGAGCAGGAUGACUCCUCACAGAGACUGCUGAUUGAAAUAAAGGAUAAUGGAGAGCCGGUGCAGUCCACCACAGUCACAGUGGAAAUAGUAAUAGAGGACGGGUUUCGUGAGCCCAUUUCAGACUUUAGAAAGAUCAGACCGGAAGUCGACAAGAAAACCGGCAAAAUUACAUUAUAUCUAAUUAUCUCUUUGGCUUCUGUCUCCUUGUUGUGUCUGAUGACGUUUUUCAUUUUACUGGUGAAAUGUGCGCGAGGCAGUAGAGGCAGCUCAAGCUGCUGUUUGAGGCGCACACAUUCUGGAUAUAACAAUCCCAACAGAAACCUUCAGAUCCAGCUCAACACUGAUGGGCCCAUUAAAUAUGUGGAGGUUCUGGGAGGAGACAUGAUGUCUCAGAGUCAGUCUUUUGGGUCCUAUCUCUCUCCAGUGUCAGAAUUCAGUGAUUUGACCCUCGUUAAACCCAGCAGCACCACAAACUUCACAGACACGCUAAACGUGCUUGAUGCGUCUUUACCAGACAGCGCUUGGACGUUCGAGUGUCAACAGCAAAAGCCACCAAACACUGACUGGCGAUUUCCCCCAAACCAGAGGCCUGGACCUAGUGGCCAACACAGGUUCCACACCUUGCAGCAGAGAUGGACUCCCUACGAGAAGUCCAGAGCUGGAGCUCGUCCUGAAGACGCAGGUGCCGGUGCUGGUGUGAUUGCAGGAACAGGACCAUGGCCCAACCCCCCUACUGAAGCUGAACAGCUCCAGGCUCUGAUGGCAGCAGCAAACGAAGCAAGUGAAGCCACUGCAACUCUCGGCCCACGCUACAAUCCACAGUAUGGACCUGACUACCGUCAGAACUUCUACAUCCCUGGCAGUACCGCCACCCUCACGGUCAACCCUCAGCAACAGAUACCACAGCAGGCCCUGCCUCCUCCCCAGGCCCUGCCACCCGCUGAAGCCCCCAAGUCAGCUCAAACACCCGCCAGCAAGAAGAAGCCUAUGAAGAAAGACAAGAAGUAAGACAAGUGGAAACACUGUCAGAGCUGCAGAAUUCUGUUCCUGGAAUCUGAGCAUAUCUCCUCACUAUAUGUCUUUUAAUCCACAAUCUUGGUUAAAGAAUGCAAAAAUCUCUAGGUUUAAAGAUAGCGUACAUGUCUGUGUUUUUUUUUUUAUUUUUUAUUUAUUAUUAUUAUUGUGUUUAUGAUUGUACUACAGUAUCUUCAUCAGUAAUCCAAGCUGAGUAUUUCUUGCCCCCUUGCUUAAAUGGGACCUGAUCGACUGAGCAAGAAGAGAUGUGUUCAGAUUCCAUUAGCUCUUUCUUUGACAGAUAACUGUCCUGUAAAUAGUAUUACUAAAACAAGAAGAAAGCAAACAUUUCUUCUUUAUUUUUUUCAAUAAGUCAUGUUAUAGGCUUUUAUGCGUUCUUUUCAGAGCAAAGUAGAUGCUUGUUGCAGUUACAAUAAUGAAAUAUUGUUAGAAUUUUUAAGGAGAUGUGCCACAACUCUCAACUUGACUGGGAAAGUAUUGGGCUGAACUAUGCAUUGCAAAGGAGAUAAAUAAAAAAGGGGGAACACACUAAAAAUGAUUGAAAUUCUUUUCAGAGUAAGAGAAUGCAUUUGCAUUGUCUAAAAGUAGAAGGUGAAACAUUGGACUGUUGGCAUUGUAUUUAAAAAAAAAAAAAAAAAAAAAAGAUUCAUUUACAUCUUAAUAGCCAGAAAAUCAGAGCUGAAUGUUUGGUUAACAUAGUUUUAUAUUCCAUUGUUAUUAUUUCCUGUUAGUGUAGUAUAUGAUUCCUUUGGGAUUGCAUUUAGUAAUGUACACAGUGUUAUCAAACCUUGGAAAGGUUGGCUGAUUUCCCAGCCUUCGUAAAGUCCAUGUUAGAGAAUCAUUUGGUUCACAAUGAAUAAGGUUUUUGUAUAAUGCUUAAGGAAGUGGAUUGGUGAGGUCUCUGUACACUGACUUGUGUUUAAGUUGGUCAAAAAGUAAAGAUAAGAUGUGAACAGCUGGUAGACUGCCAGGGAAAGAAAUGGCACAUGGUGACCAAAAUGGCUGAAAUGGACAUCAGCAAACCAAGACAGUCAAACUUUGUAUUGUUGAGAUGGCAGUAAAAAUGAGAAGCACAGAUUGAGUAAUGAGUAAGGGUCAUUCAGACUAAAUGUCUUGCACUACAAAUGCUAGAUGCAUCACACCUUAAAAGGUUUUGUUGGCAUCUAAAAAAAACACAGUGCUUCUGUGCCAGAUGAUUACAAAAGUGAGAUGCGGUGCAACAGUCAAAAAUGGCCAUCUAGCAACAACGCAAAAAUGCGUACGGUGUGAACGGCCUCUUAGACGCUACACUGUCCUUGAAUGGAUCCAACAUUGAAAAAUAAUUCUAUCCAUUGUUCUGCAUCAACCUUUACCACAGUGUAUAUAAAAUGUGUAACCCAUCUAUACAAACAUUAGAGCCACAAGGGCUGGCCAUUACAGGAAUGUUUCAGUAUUUUGUAAAAAAAAAAAAAAAAAAAAAAAAGACAAUAGAAAAAAGAUAAAAUGUAGUAUUGUAGGACAAAAAGCUUCAAGAUCAUUGACUAACCAAACUGUAUAUAUUACUCAAACUUCUGAAGACACGCAGUCGUAGCAUAAGGCUUGUGGAGUCCGUGCAUAUUUUUGUGUUUUCUCUCCCAGUUAAACUUUAUUUCCUUUUCUCCAAUCACCUAAACUUUUAAAGAUAACAGAUGAUACUUACUGUCUUUAGAGUACCCCUCCCCUCAUUUUACUGUACUUUUCUGUGCUUGUAUUUCCAAUCAGUCUGUAAUAAUACUGGAAUGCCACCCCUGUCUAACUAUGAAUAGCUAUCUAUAUAUAUAUAAAUGUCUGUCUGCUGCUUGGCUACCUUUCUGUAUUUGACUGUGAUUCCUUUUAAGAAAUGCUUAGCACCUCUUGUUACACUUUUAUUUGAUAUGCUAAUAUUUAUAUCGCUGUUGAUUUAUGUUUUACUUUAUUAUUGGAACACUUACAUUUUAAAUAAAAUUUUGUCAGAACUCACAGUCAUGGCUGAACUGUAUC